GGUCACGAAACAAUAACAAUGUUAAAAUUUUUACUCUUCACAUUACUAAUUUACAAUGUGCAAUGUAUUCCAAAAAGAUACAAAAAUUACUCCCUCAUACGCGGUAUACCAGUUAAUGAGGCCCAUUUAAGAUUCUUCAAUAAUUUAAGUGCGCUUUAUAAUGUUAAUUACUGGAGAUUACCGGGUCUGGUACACAGGCCCAUUGAAUUCAUAAUUGCGCCUACAAACAGAGAGGAUUUUGUAAGGACCGCGGAUAAAGCUGGCGUGUAUUAUUCCACUCUCAUAGAAGAUGUACAGAAAGCUCUUGAUAUGCAAACUGUAAAAUCCUACAUUCGACGUAAUAUGGAGUCGUUCGAUUGGAGGAGUUUUUUUCGCCUGCAGGACAUUUACGCCUGGCUCUGGGAUCUGGAGACCCAAUAUCCAGAAGUGAUGCAAGUGAAAACAAUUGGAAAAUCUGUGGAAAAGAGAGAUAUACUUGCAGUGAAAAUUGAACAUAAGACUGGCAGGACCACGCCAAGACCGAAAGUAAUUGUGGAGGGCGGUAUACAUGCGCGUGAGUGGAUAUCGCAGGCGUUUGUCACAUAUUUUCUCUAUCAAAUUCUGACAGCUGUUCAAUCUAAUAGCACACUGAGAGUAAUAGCUGAGACCUACCAGUGGCAUUUUGUACCAGUUAUGAAUCCGGAUGGAUAUGAUUACACGCAUAAUGCGGAUCGAAUGCACCGAAAGAACAUGAACCACGUCGAUUUGAAUAGAAACUUUGGAUUGGCUUUUGGAACCGUUGGUGUGAGUAGAAAGAAAUCUAGCGAGACAUACUGUGGUCCACAUGCGUUCUCGGAACCAGAAUCGAAGGCAAUGGCGGAUUUUGUUCUUGCAAACAGUCGAGAUUUAAUGUUCUAUCUCGCUUUCCAUGCUUAUGGUCAAUACAUGAUAUUACCGUAUACACAUAUGAAGGGUCAUUCAGAAAAUUAUGAUGAUGUUCAUGAAAUGGGUCUUAAGGCUGCGUCCCACAUAGCAGGUAGAUACGGGACGCAGUAUGAAGUUGGCACUGCAUACGAUACAGUAGGCUACAUGACAUCGGGAGUCAGUGGAUGCUGGGUGAAGAAAUCAUUCAAUGUUCCAUAUGUGGUGACGUUUGAAUUGCGUGACCAAGGGCAGCAUGGCUUUGCUCUUCCCCCCAAACAAAUAUUGCCGACUUGUAAGGAAACCAUGGAUGGUCUCAUAUCCCUUUUAACGCAUAAAACAGACAAAUUAAAGGACCCGGUCUUACCGAAAACGGGUAGUGGGGAUAUAAUAUAUAUUAAUCAUGUUAUUUUGAAGUUUAUAUUGAUUAAAUUGUUUAUUUAA